UUUUUAGCCGGUAAUCUCAUAGUAGGAAGCGGUGAAGUCCUGGAGAUCAACACGACUGCACCAUCCAUCGUUAAUAACAACUGCCCCAGUUGCAAUUACAACGCAUCACAUGAAAAAAGAUCUUCCUCAAGCUCGAAUGGUGAACAUCUGGCUGCCGUGAUUAGGUUCAGUGGUAACAUUGAGUUCAGAAACGGUUCAACAGUCCAAGUAUCUGGAAAGUAUGGUCUGAGUAUAACAAGUCAGAAUGGACACAUCUUAAUAGAAACUGAUAUUGACAUGACGUGUAGAGAUAGGGUGCUGGAUGAAACAUGUCUCGGUGGGUUCACACAGUCAUCAGUAAGGCCGUUGGAAGAUGUCAAUAACCCUCCUAGACUCUUAUAUAAAGGUAAUGGAAUCUGCUUUUAUUGCCUUUCUCAUAUUUGCGUUUGGCUUUUCCUCUUGCUUUCACACUUACUUCCUGGGAGGUGGGUACAUUAGGUAAAAUAAGAAGGUGUGAUAACGAACAGUAAAUCGCUGAGUCUCUUUAACGUUUCCUUCGGAAGUAAAUUCAGACUCAACCACGAGGUAAAAUUGGUUUCCUUGGAAAGUCAGUGCAAUAUAAUUUGAUAGUUCAGAGGGAUUUAACGUUUUGAAAGGACAAAAACAUUGGCUCGAACUCCUGCCACAUCUGAGGUCUAAGGUCAUACUAGACGUGACCGAUUUAUUGCCACGAUUUGUUUAACUUAACAGGGACAGGAGGAAUAUAACUCCAUGGUAGAGCAGCUGCUACUAAGCAGGAUUUUUGCAUCUAGUCAUGAAUCACUGCUUUGCUCAGGGAACAGGUCCUUUAUGGCUGCUGGUCUUCACUCAAGAUUCCGUGGCCAUUUGAGCCAUAGGAAGCUCCCAGCUUCUUUGUCACUUCUCACACCUUCUUGUGACCUUUUAUUAUGUUUUGUGAGUGGCUAAAAAACAAAUAGAGGAAAUUCUAAAUAUGCUGAUCUUCCAACCUUAUACAGCCUAAUUAAAGCUCAUUUCUGCAAAGCCCAUGUUCUCACAACAGGUAGAAAAUAUUGCUUUAUGAUCACAAACUUAGCGAGGAUAUUUCAAUUACUGAAUUUUUUUUAAUAUCUUAUCAUAUUCUCUUAAUUUUAAGAAAUAGAGAUAAGUUGCGUCCUUAGUAUUACUCUCCCGAAUAGAAUGCUAGUCCAUCAAAGGGAAGCGGCAGUAUUAUUUCGUGUGAUACUUCUUUUUACCACUGGGUGGAGACGGACGAAGUGAAGUACUAGUCAAUAAAAACCAUGCGCUGCUUGAAUUCCUUCCUCCAUUUCUAAAGUCCGAUAAAAUACCACUUUUCUUGUACUCUAAUGACUUAAUAAGACUUCUUGGUGAUGGUUAAGUUUUGUAAACGGGAUUUUUAAUGAUUUUUAUUUUCUUUACAGGUCUUGGUCCUGGUGGCCUCAAAAAAGCCGUAGAUUUUAAUUUGGACCUUCUUUGCGUACCUGGUUCUAGUCAUGGCGGAAUAGGACUGCCGGUUUCGGGUUAUCCACUAUAUUCAGAUCAACCAUAUGAUCAACAGGACACAGUAUCACUAUUAGGAGGAAGCGGAGGUGAGAUAAACUAUUUUAAAAUCACUUUGUGGCUCUGAUGUAAGUACUAAUGAGGGCUGGAAUGGAAACUGGUCAAUAAGAAAAAAGAUAACAAGAAAAUCUUUGGGCACACUACAAUUACUGUACCUUACGGCAUACUACCUACGACAAAUCAGGCCUAUAUUAGAAGAAUUAACUGUGUUUUAACUACAUUUUACUAAAAUUCUGGAAACUGCUGAUUGUAAGUAAAGUAGUCAUGACUGUGAAAGUUUUCAACCCAGGAGUCAUUUCAUUCGAAUAUGACCGUCCAAGUGAACGUAGUCCUGAAUGACUGACAACCUGUGCUGUAGUCAUCUUCAAAGUCAAAGUGAGUUGUAUCACGUCAGUUGAUAGUAUAAAACUCUGGUUAUUGGCCUGAUUUGUGAAUUAAGUCGCGAUGUUAUUGGCCAUGAAGACUCGUAAUGUCAUUGGUGCGUUUCGAUCCGUCUAUUGUCAGAGUUAAACUGUCGAUUAUUGUUAGUCAAAUUGUCAGUUGUCUAGUCAUUCUCUCGUAAUUAGUUUUGCUUGAGUGCUUCGAUAAGUCGUUUGUGCGGUGCCGGUAUCUGACUUCUCUUAUAAGCAGCUGCUACAUGACUCAGUACAUCCCAUGAUCAAUGUUCUCGUACACAUUCGCAUUCUCACAAUGUUCACAGGGAUUUUCAGAGUGACACGUGGUGGUCUACUCUAGGGUAUUACUUUCUGUUUCCUCACUGUCGUUUUCAGUGACGUUGUCGAUCACGUGGAUGUCUUCAGCUUCUCUGCCAUUCGCAAAAGCUACCUCUUCUCCCUCUUCCUUUCUAUCCGUUGAACUUUCCACGUUACCCUCGUUCUCGGAAGUAUUUUCUCCAUUUUGGUAGCGUUAUUAGAGACCUUUAGAUUCUAGGACGAGAACGACUACGAGUACGAGAUUUCACGUAAAGUGUUUUCGCGUAUUCUCAAAUAAUAAGGAGCUUUAGCAUCGACGAAGGCAACGGCAGCGAAAACGUCACUUUUAAAAUGCAUUCGGGUUUUUUCAAUCUUGGUCGGGUUUAUUCUAGUUUGCUGAAAAUGGAAAAUGUACGCAAAUUUCACUGGAGUUGAUUUCUUAAGGACUGCACUCAAGAUUAGAGAGAGAAAAAGAGAUUCGUCGUCGCUUGUUUACGUCCUCCAUAAAACUUGCAAUUAGGCAUUUUUACGUCUUAGUCGCGCAAGGAAGGUAAAGAAAUGUACAAAAAAGCGUGAUGCACGUAGAAAGUUGUUGUUUUGCGUAAUAAGCCUUUGUUUUUUUUUGACGUCCUCGUUGCCGUCGCCGUCGUCGUUGCUAAAACUCCCCACUGACUAAUAGACACCCCGGAUAGCCUCAUUGUACAUCUUUUCACCAAAACAAAUUAGCACUGUUUUCUUUAUUGAAAGAGAUUAAGAUAUCUCCCGGGCGCAAAAUAACCAGCGUAUAACAGUUUAUAACUUGUGUCCGCUAACACGACAUUCUCGCUAAAACUCUUAGUAGAAUGACAAAGACUAUCAUUUUUUUCCCGCCAAAAUGACGCUGGUUCACACGGGCGCACUAACUCAGUAGCAUUGAGGAAAUCACGUACUCGUAGUCGUACUGGUCUUGGAAUCUAAAGCUCUCUAUUCUUUUUCUACCAAAUCAAUUCUUUGUCAUUGAUUAAGCCCUUAUUGACUACAAACUCCGCAAGUCCAUCUAUGAACACAUUCAACGCAGGAGGUUUGGUCACAUAAUCGUUAUGAGGAACUAGCAUUGAACACACUGAACGAGCUCGGUAAUGUUUGUCACGGGAAUUAUUGGUUUAUUUCGAAGCAACUGUCCGCGGGGAGGCCAGAAUAGAAUACCUCUAGAAGCUGCCAUGAUCUAUAGAAAAUCAAAAGUAUGCUCUUUACACACCACUUAAAAAAAAAUUACCAUUUAAUGGCAAAGGUUUCAGGUAAGUGAUAAAAAGAAAGACAUUACCAUAAGGACGGUCUGUGAAAGAGUCAAAGACCCAUAGAAGACAGACCAUCUAAAAAAUAGUCAUAUCAUAAAAACUAGCUUAAAAGACAGACAAUUAAAAAUGUAAAAACGCAUACGGAGAUAUGUACAAAAAAAAAACAAUCAAUAAAAUAAUAAUAAUAAUUUAAAAACCUCACACAUUUCCAUCUAAAAGCUUCCUCACUCCUUUUUUAAAACUAGCAAUAGUUGUUGCUUGACGAAUAGGCAAUGGAGGAGUGUUCCAUAUCUCCACGAUCCUACUGGAAAAAAACUAAAUGUAUUAGUUCUAGCAUGAUUCUUUUUAAGAGUACAUUCAUCUUUUCCCCUUUAAGGACAUCGAUCAGAAACGGAGAAAGACUGUACAUAUGUAAAUAGCUCAAUGUUUAUAUAACCAUUCAGGGCUGGAAUAAAACGUCAAAUAAAAAUCGCUAUAUUUGUUCUAAGGACAACAAAUCGAGCUUUUUUCUCCGUUGUUCGUAAUCAUCAUUGGUCCCCGAAAUAAACUUAGUUGCCCUUCGCGGAAUUCCCUCCAACUUAGAAAUCUUUCUAGAUGUGUGUGGUGACCACAGAACACUAAAAUACUCUAGCUGUGACCUGACCUGGGCAAGAUACAGAGUUCUCAAUGUGGAAACAUCUUGAAAUCCUUUACAGGUCCUUUUAAUUAGACCUAGAAUCUUGUUGGCCUUAUUCGAUAUUUUAUCAAUAUGAGUGCUCCAAAACAGAUUGCAAUCUGUAACCAAGCCAAGAUCACGGAACUCAGAUGUUACCUCCAGGAUCGUAUUAUUUAAGUGUAAGUCAGAGUGAAUAGGUGUUUUCCUUUUAGUGAUAUGCAUUAGUUUAAAUUUCUCCACGUUAAACUCCAUGAGGUUUUGUUGACUCCAUGCACAUAAAUUGUCGAGAUUUGACUGAAAUACGGAAUAAUCAGCUAGACAGUUUAUAAUCCUAGAUGUUUUACAGUCGUCAGCAUAUAAUGACACACAGUUUCCAGGCAUCACUACUUCAAGCAAAUCACUAAUGAAAAUUACAAAGAAGAAAGGGCCCAAUAAGGAGCCCUGAGGUACCCCCGAUGGAAGAGCUCACCAUGUAGAAUUCAUUCCUUCUAUGACAACUCUCUGUUCUCUGUCAGUGAGAUAAUCCUUACACCAAUUCAAAAGCGCACUUGAGAUACCAAAAUUGCCCAAUUUUUUGCAGCAGGAUAUUAUGUGCCACUCCGCUAAAUGCCUUUGCAAAGCGAAGGAAAACAACGUCCAUCUGUUUGCCCUCAUUCAAGGUAGCACAUGAACCUCCCCUCACAAACCCGUGCUGCCAAUCUGUCAGAUAAGGAGCCACAUGCGGGUAUAAAGCAUUAUACACAAUCCCCUCUUGACAUUUACUCGGAAUGGAUAGUAAUGAAAUAGACCGAUAAUUUUCGACUACAUCUUUAGAAUCAGCUUUAAAAACAGGAGUAACAUUAGCUCGCUUGGGAAAGACUACUCAAAACAUCUUUCAUCGUUGCCUCUUUAAUUUAUUACCGCUUUCAUCAUCAAAACUUCCGCUCUUUCAUUUUUCACUAUUGUGCUCUUUGUCAACCAAAUCUAUCUUUUUCUUCAUCUCGAGAAAUGCCGGUACAAAGGAGGCUUCGAAUAAGUAACUAAUAGCUUCGUUUCCUCUUUUAUAGCAUCAAAAAACCUAAGCUUGUAACAACAGGGACCACCGACUUGUACUAGAAUUCGCUCCUUUGUAAAGUGGAAGACAAUUUUUUUCUUAGGUCUACUUAGGAGCCCCUAGUCUACUACAGCAUCUUUAUAUGACAUAUGACAACAAUUUCCUUUUCUUCGGGGAUUGGAAUGUAUUUGUUGUGUGCAUUGGAUUAAUGCAUGCAUGAGUUAUGGAGUGUCUGUUCGUAAGAGAAACUGUCGCUGAUGAACUGGAUAAACAGCUUACAGUUGAAGAAAAUCACGGUUGUUCUUCACGACACGAAACAGUGCUACAACACGAGAAGUACAAGACAGAGUAGUCAGCUGAACAUUCCGAGAUGCCAUCGAGCUGACGGUCAGCGGUCAUUCUCCUACCGAGGGGUAAAGCUUUGGAGUGGCAUCAGUGAUAAUGUUAAAUCUACCGACUCAGUUAACAAGUUUAAGAAGCGACUUGUCAAACUAGCCCUUUCCAAUCAAGAACCGGAUUCGAAAUAGCAAGUUUUAGUUCAUUCAUUAUUUUUAUUUUGUAAUUAUUCUUUUUUAUAAAUUACUGUUAUUGAUUCCUUUUUCUUACAAUUUUCUUGCCUUAUUGUCCUGUAACUUACAAGCCCUUUGAGGUAUUUUAAUAAAAGUCUGUGUGUAUGUAACUGUAAUUAAUUAGCUAUUUUAAAGCGGAGCUUCACGUUCGCGCGGGCGAGCGGAGCCCAUACCUACGAAAAUUAGGUAAUCUAUCUAUCCGAGAAAUUUUGUUAAUCAAGUGAUCGGACAACCAUACGCCCAUCCACCCGUCCGUCCGUACCACAGGGAGACCAAAAUGUGAAAUGUCUAAUUUUCUAGCUAGUGUGGGAGCCCGUAACCUGUUUUUAACCUGAUAAUAGACAUCCAUAUUAUGGUCAAUUGACAGGUGUCAAAACAGUAUCUGCUUACCAGUGUCACAUGACCGUAUCGCCAGCUCAGAUGCGUGUUUUUUAGAGUUUUCCGCGGACCAGUUGUUAGCUAUUAAAUGAUCGCGGGCUCAAGUUUGUCUUAAUUCAUAUGGUUUUUCCUUAAAGUUAAGUAUAGUUUAGUCGUCUUUUCAAUAGUUUAAAGUCCAUUGGCUGCAGUAAAUUUAAAAUGCAUAAAUGGGAACUUCACUUUUAGCUUUGGCUACAUAUAUAUAUUCGAAAUGUGGUGGUGGUGAAGGAAAACAAUAGAAAUGUGGUGCUGGGGGUUGUGGAGGGAAAACAGUAAAAAUGUGGUGGUCGUGGAGGAAGUCUAAGCAAAAAAAUCUUUGGGUGGUAGAAAGAGCCAGUUUGCCUUCAUCCUCCUUAUCAUGUGCAAUUUUCGCGUCAAGAAUUAGUGAACCGGGACCAUGACUAUAGGCUGUCUACAAUGGACAAUGACAGUGGCGGGAAAUUUAUCGUUUAUGGUUACUUUACGGCUGAGUGAUUUUUAUUCACAAGCUUAUUCCUUCGACAACAUGAAUCAACCAAUGAAAAUUUUUCUUAGCUUCAAGUUCACCAAUUAAAAAUCAAGACUGAGCCAUUGCCCUAAAAAUUACUAGAAAACCUUUCAGACCGGUUAAAGAGCAUAAGAACAUGACAAACAGGUUCAACCGGUCAAGGUUAGGUGAGACUAUUGUUUCUAUUGUAUUAGAAUUAAACAAAAGGAAGAUAAUGAAAUUCCACCGCAUCUAUAAUUUUAUUCAAAUAAAGAUUCCUCUCUAAAAAGUUCAAGUCGAUCCUUACUAUACUACUAAACCAGAAAAUAUCCCAUCUACAACAAAAGAAUAGAACAAAUAAACUCGAAAAAGAGUUGAUAUAAGUAUGCAAAGACAAACGAAUGUUACCUAUCAGUGGUGAAAAUAAAAUUUUUGUCGUGAUAAAAUGUUUAAAAUUUGUAUUUUUGCUGUUAAUUCUAACCUUUUUUUAACCUUAGGUUCAUGUGCUCAUUGCCCAGGAAGUGUUGCUGGUGGAGGAGCCAUUGAAAUUGUAGCAGAUAAAGGAUGCAUAACCAUAAGUAUAAACGAUUAGCAAAUUCUUUGUAAACUAUUUACUAUGUAACUUGUUAACAACGUAGAACCCUGAAAGGCUGAAACAUGCCCAGGAAAAAUAUAAGUCUGAUGACAACUGCUACAGGAGCAGAGAUAGUGCUCGGCUUCCGACAAUAACCAGGAUGACCUUGUAAUUGAGUGUAUUACUCAUUCUCCUGAUUUCUAUGCAAUACUGCUAAUCUUUUACUCAGAAGCUUUGUUUUAAUCAUCCUAUCAUCCUGUAUCUAUCUCAGUCUUAAAACUGUUCCUUGCAGAAGAAUCUUAAAUGACCCAAUCAGCAGAAAUUCGACAUUUCAUUAACAGCCUGUUCACACCACGCCUUCAGGAAAUUUUUUUUUCCUACUAUCAUUUGUUUUAUUAUUUAUUGAUAAGGAAUAUGUUUCUUCGAUGACACAUUUUAAUUCAAUACUUUUUAGAUGCAAUCAUCAGAGCUUCAGCUCAGCGUGAAACAGUGGAAUCAUGUUCUGGUGGAUCUGGUGGACUUAUUCGUCUUAACGCUUCUCAAGUAAUCCAUGACUUUAAUGUGUAGUUCACAGCGACUCAUUAUUUUUGUGGCUUGUUUUUUUUUUGACAGCAGGAUUCCUAAAGGCAAAGUUUGAAUCUGUAUCUAGAACAGUCUGCAAAAUUCGCAGUAAUUUUUUUAAUUAGCAGCGAAGUUUGACUAGGUGUAACUACGGGACUGCCUCUUUCGCAGUUACCGUACUGAACAUUUAUGUAAUCCACAACCUCAACUUUUCAAUAGAGGAGUGGUUCUUCUCUGUAUUAAAAAGGUGUGCAUACGUCGCGAAUGAUGAUUUUAAACUAUAGGAGAAGUGCGACGCUGAAUACAUGCCAAAGUAAAGCUGUCUCAAGUAACAAACAAAAGAAGUAAAAAUCAAUAGAGGAGGCCUUUUUAUUACACGUACAAACGAUCCCUUGAAUCCCCGCUACUUCUUCAAGCCUCUUCUUCCAUUUUCAGACGGAGUAGGGUUGUUCGGAGGCUGAAAUAUCAACAUUUUCAUACGACUUGGUUUUGGUGAGAAGAAUAGCGGUCGAGACGCGAACACAGACUGAUUUGAUUGCAUAUUUUUUGGAAAAUCAACAAAUAGAUACACCGAGCACUUAACAAAGCAGAGUUUCUAAGAUUGGUGAAGUAAUACUGCAAAACUGCAUUAAUAGAGUGUAGCCACCAUGAUUUCGUAAGCUCCACAUGCUACAUGAGGUUUAUUUUCCGAAUCCGCAAAAUUAGUACUACUAAUCUUUAAUUUUAUCUCCACAAAUUUUGCUACCCCCAUUUCUGAAUAAAACUCUCACAGAUGCUUAUUCCAGAUUCUACUUUAAAAAAAUGAUUCUUAUCACAAGGUUUAAUCUUAUCUCAGAUAAUGGGUUAGAAAGUAUUUAGGUGUUACCUUGCUCUACUCUUACGAAGGAGAACAAGUGUUAAAAUAGGAUCUAUUUAUAACUCAGAAAGGAAAUGAUUCAAAUUUCGCCUUUAUGGCUAAAUUAAUAUAUAAACAGUUAAAUUGGAUGUAUGUAACAUCGUUCCCAGGGUAGAAACAAGGUCAGAGAGUAUGUCUGCGUUUUUUGGGAAAAUCGCCAAAUCCGGAUAUCCGGAUCCAAAAACGGAUGUUGCUUUUUUCAGAUGUGACAAGACACUAAGGGUCGAUCCAACGUUUUGGUUUUGAACUUUUCACUUGUUGCCUGAUUUUAUACCCAAUUUAACCAUGAUUUUCAUUGCUUUAUUUUCUUUAGGUUGAACUAAAGGAGCAAGGAAAACUCAUUGUUGAUGGGGGAAACGGCAAACGAAGAAUUGGACCAGGGUUGGGUGCAGCUACCGGUUUGGGUGGUGGAGCAGGUGGAAUUAUACAGAUAAUAUCACCUGCUGGUCGCUUGCCCCUUGAAGCUUUAUCUCUAAAACGAGGCACAAACCUUGGGUCGUGCGGCAGAGAGGCAGGACAUGGAUAUUACUAUUUUGUAGGAGGUAAUUUC